AAGUUAGCGUCACAAAACAUAAAACAUGAGUAAAAUGUGAAUUGUCAAAUUCCUUUCAAUUUUGCCGAUUCUAACACUCCAACGACAUUCAUGAACCUUUGUGGACUUGAGAAAAACUCGGUUGUCUUGCAUUUGACAAUUAUUUACUCAACUAACCUUCAUUCAACUAAAAGAAAUUCAGAUGAUCCUAAAUUCUAUUGUUUGUCGUUCUCAACUAACAACUUAAUUAUUUUGAAGUAUAAACAAUUAUUAUUUCUAAAACACCCUUAAUUCAAUUCCUUAGAUGACCAUUAUAAUUAGAGAUAGUUAGUAGAUACUAGUAUAAUUACUUUUUCACACAAAAUUAAGUAAAUUAAACGCAUUUCACUAUCAUGUUUAAUAGACGUACAUUUGAGAAAAUUCAAAUUUGAUUUUUGAUUAAAAAAAAUAUUAAUUUGAUUUUACUUAUCUCGUAAACUUUAGGUUUAUCGUAACCCUUCCUCCGAAACCAAAGAUAUAUUUUUCUUAUAAUUGAAUGGAGGAUAGUAUAUUGAAUGGAGGAUAAUAGUACUUGAACAAAAAAACACAUUGCUAAUGAUGUUGGCAUAUACUAUAUGAAGUUAAAAUAUUGUGACAUAGUGAUAUAACUUUAUUAUCGAAUAAACAGACACUGUAGUCAACCAACGAACUCCAAAGUCCAAAGAAGCCAUGGAUUGCUUAUACAAGAAUCCCAACCAACCCAUUGAAGCUCGUAUCAAGGACCUUCUUUCUCGCAUGACUCUCAAUGAAAAGAUUGCUCAGAUGAUCCAAAUUGAACGCACUGUUGCUACCUCUUCUGUCAUCACAAACCUUUCCAUUGGGAGCAUACUCAGUUCUGGAGGAAGUGCCCCUUUUGAGAAUGCAUUGUCAUCAGAUUGGGCUGAUAUGGUAGAUGCCUAUCAAAAAUCAGCUCUAGAAUCUAGACUUGGGAUACCUAUCAUCUAUGGAAUUGAUGCUGUUCAUGGUAAUAAUAGUGUUUAUGGUGCUACCAUAUUUCCUCACAAUGUUGCCCUUGGAGCUACUAGAGACGCUGAUUUAGUUAGAAGAAUUGGAGCUGCUACGGCACUUGAAGUUAAAGCAAGUGGAAUGCACUAUAACUUUGCUCCUUGUGUGGCGGUUUGCAAAGAUCCUAGAUGGGGAAGAUCCUACGAGUGUUACAGUGAAGACACUGAAAUAGUCAGAAAGAUGACUUCCAUCGUUUCAGGUUUGCAGGGUCAGCCGCCACAAGGACAUGAACAUGGUUACCCUUUUGUGGCUGGAAGGAACAAUGUUAUCGCAUGUGCCAAACAUUUCGUUGGUGAUGGAGGUACUCAUAAGGGUGUGAAUGAGGGAAAUACUAUAUUGUCCUAUGAAGACUUAGAGAGAAUACACAUGGCACCUUAUUUAGACUGCAUUUCCCAAGGAGUUUCAACCGUUAUGGCGUCUUAUACUAGCUGGAAUGGACGCAAACUCCAUGCUGACCGUUUUCUUUUAACCGAAAUCUUGAAAGAAAAGCUAGGUUUUAAGGGUUUUGUGAUUUCCGACUGGGAGGGACUUGACCGACUUUGUAAACCUCAUGGUUCAGAUUAUCGAUACUGCAUCUCCUUGGCAGUCAAUGCUGGAAUUGACAUGGUGAUGGUGGCUUUCAGGUACGAACUAUUCAUCAAAGAAUUGACCUCUUUGAUUAAAUCAGGGGAAGUACCAAUCAGCAGAAUCGACGAUGCUGUUGAGCGAAUUUUGAGAGUAAAGUUUGUUGCUGGUCUUUUUGAAUUUCCUUUAAGUGACAGAUCUUUGCUAGAUAUAGUUGGUUGCAAGCCACAUAGAGAUCUAGCACGUGAAGCGGUUCGAAAGUCUUUGGUUCUUUUGAAAAAUGGAAAAGAUAUUGGUGAACCCUUUCUUCCAUUGAACAAAAAUGCUAAGAAAAUUCUUGUUUCCGGAACUCAUGCUGAUGAUCUUGGAUUUCAAUGUGGAGGUUGGACUAAAACUUGGUAUGGCGGUAGUGGGAGGAUUACAGUUGGCACAACAAUCUUGGAUGCUGUUAAGGCAGCCGUUGGAGCUGAAACACAAGUUAUUUACGAGAAGUAUCCAUCAGAAGUCACCAUAGAACACAAUGAAUUCUCCUUCGCAAUUGUAGCAGUUGGUGAAGCUCCUUAUGCCGAGUCAUUGGGCGACAAUUCAAAGCUCACAAUCCCCUUCAGUGGAACUGAUAUUAUAAGCUUAGUUGCCGACAAAAUCCCAACACUAGUUAUUCUGAUAUCUGGAAGACCUUUAGUUUUAGAACCAUCACUUGUGGCAAAGAUAGAUGCUCUUGUUGCUGCUUGGUUGCCAGGUACCGAAGGAGAUGGAAUCACCGAUGUUAUCUUUGGUAGUCAUGACUUUAAAGGUCAACUUCCAGUCACUUGGUUUAGAAGUGUUGAACAGCUUGAUCAACCAAGUGAUGGUGUUUCUUCAUCUGAACCUUUGUUUCCUCUUGGUUUUGGGCUAAACUACAUGAAUAAGUGAAUGUGUGAUAUACUGUCCAAAGAUAUCAGUUUAUCACCUAAGGUUCAGUUGAGUUAUGAAUUACCGGCAUAGACACGAACAUGACACUGAUACAUAGAUGUUAAUAUUACUUAAUGAAAAUUGAAGUUGUUGAAUGUAAUCACACAUGUUAGUGUUGUAUCGGGGUUGGACACUGACAUGUGUCAGACACCAGACAAACCUUCAGUAUAAAGUGCCGAUGUUAUAUGGCAAUUGAGAUGGGUAGAAAUUUAUGUAAAGCUUAUUUAAAGCUUAAGGGCUUUCAAAUUUCAAUAUCACAACAACGAAUUACAUUGUAAUAGUAUCAUGAAUAAUAAAUUAAGAAAAAAAUUCUCCCAUAUAAUACUUGCAUCUAAAUCUAGUUUAAUUUAUAUAA